AUGGCUCCAAAAAAACGCGUGGACCAACUAAAUAAAGAUGGGGAGGGAACUACCGGAAAAAAAGGGCCAAAGAAGAAGAUCAUCAAACUAAAAGCUCCAACUUCGAUUAGAGUUGAAGUACCAGCGAAGGCUACAAAGAAUACUAAAGCUAGGGUGGUGACUACUCAGAAAUUAAAGUCCAGUAAUGCAAAUGGUGCAAAAAAAUCAAAAGCCAGGAUAGUGACUACAAAAAAUUUAAGCAAGAAUGAAAUAAAAAUUAUGUUGGCUAAUGAAGUUGUUCAAGCACAUUUUUCAAAAAAACCAAUAAUUCCCAAUAAGCCUUUGGUACCAAUAGUGAAACGAAAACCUGCACGUAAGAAAGUUCAGAAUAAAGGAACUUGUGAUGUAAAGGAAGCAAAACCUGUUGUUAUAACUGCGAUCGAUUCGGAUGUUGUUCAAGCCGAUGUUUCAAAAAAACCAGUAGUUCCCAAUAAGCCUUUGAAACCAAUAGUGAAACGAAAACCUGCACGUAAGAAACUUCUAAAUAAAGAAGAAACUUCUGAUGUAAAGGAAGCAAAACCUGUGAUUAUAACUGCGAUCGAUUCGGAUGGUUCAGCCUUUGAAACUCUCGAACCAAAAACGAAAAAAAAGUCACUCAAAGGAUUGCAAAGGAAAAAUGUAGCAAGCACAAAUACUGUUACAAUAGGUAAUAAUGUAAAAGAUGGACCAGUAAAACGAAGUUACGUAACUAAACGGGGCUUAAAUGCAAAAAUAUGGAAGAGAACUGCUCAGAAUACUGAAAAACUUGAACAAGUUGAACAUAAACCUAGAAAGAAAAUAAGAAAAGGUAAGAUUAGUGCUAAUGUACCUGCAAAUGAUGAAAAUGUAACGACAACUUUGAACGAAAAUAAUAAGGAAAGUGACAAACAUAAAGAGUCCCUUAAUGUGGAAACUGGUAGUGAUAUACAUCCUGCACUAAUAGAGACAAGAAAAACUUCUGCUGGGUCUGAAUUGUCAUGGACCAAAGAUAUUUCAAGUUCUAGUACUACUACUUGCGUUACAGUGUGUUCAAAAGAUUUUGUACGUUUCGAUAACAAAUUACCAAUAAUCAAACUUACUCAUUUUACAAAUAAAUUGGAAAUGGGAAAUAGUGUUGACGAGAAAGGUGAAUCUUUAACAGAUAAAGAAAGUGCUGAUGAGGAAUGUAAUAAGGGUUCAGAAAAGGAGCGAAGCGUUUCCCCGGCCGCCGUAUCAGAGUCCCCAUCUUUGUCUUUGAGUUCGUAUUCUUCGUCUUCAUCAAGUUCAGACUCUGACAGUAAUGGUAGUAUUGUCUUAGAAGAAAAAGUUGACAAAAUUGGCGAAGCAGUGGAUAAACUUACAUCGCAUUUGAAAAAAUUCGAUUUGGAAAUUAUGACUUGGAUAGGUUAUGAAGAUGAAAGUGUUAGUCCAGUUACUCAAAAUUUCAAUGACAAGAUAUAUAGGUUGUUAAAAGAAGAGAGUCAGGUUAUACUUCAUUGUCAAAACAUUAAAAGAGUGUUGCUUGGUGACGAUACUAAUUUAAUUUCUGAGGCUAAUGUUUGUGAAAAUAAAGAAAAUUCCGAUGAGGAUGCCAAAAAGGAAGGUUUUAUUAAGCCUGAUAGGAUAAACAAAACAAAAUGUGAUAAAACUGUUCAUAACAACAAUGAUUUAGCAUGCAUCAAAGAUAUUGAAGACAACAAAAUAAGAGAUCCGACUGAAGAAGUGGAAAAUGAAGAUGCUUUAGUAAUUUCAAUUGAUGAUAGAUGCAAUGAUGAUGACGAUGCGUUGUCUCUGUUUGCUGAGAGCAUAACCGGUUUUGAAUCUUCUAGAAAAAACAGUUCAAUAGCAUCCAUAUCGAAUCUCAAUAACAGUGAAUCAAAUGAAUAUAUACCACAACCAAUAAGGCCCAUUUUAAAUAAACCUGUUGAAAUUGUAACUUAUUUCCCAACAAAGAUUAGCAAGCAAAGUCAGAAAGAAGUUGAACCACAACCAAUAAGGCCCGUUUUAAAUAAACCUGUUGAAACUGUAACUUAUAUCCCAAAAAAAAUUGGCAAGCAAAGUCAGAUAGAAGCUAUACCACAACCAAUAAGGCCCAUUUUAAAUAAACCUGUUGAAACUGUAACUUAUUUCCCAACAAAGAUUAGCAAGCAAAGUCAGAUAGAAGCUAUACCACAACCAAUAAGGCCCGUUUUAAAUAAACCUGUUGAAACUGUAACUUAUUUCCCAACAAAGAUUAGCAAGCAAAGUGAGAAAAAAGUUGAGGUACAAAAUAAUAAAGCAAUAAUGGUUUGCGAAAAACAAAACGCAGAUUCGACGUCAAUAUACAGAAAUUCUAAAAGUGAUAAAAAUAAUAUAAUUCAUUGUGACUUAGGUGGUACCAGCAAUUUGCAAAUAUUUCACGAAGACAAUAAAAAAUCUCAUUCAUCUUUCAAUACUAUUACAAAAAUUAUAAAUCCUCACCAGGGCCCAGCUCUAAUGGCGUCGAUCUACAAACCAAUACAUGGAGUUAAAAGUGUUGUUUUUGAGGGUGUAUGUUUUUUCAAUCUUAUAAACAGUUGCAAAAAAUCCAGAUGUAGAUUCUUACAUGCCUAUCUUGAUAACGAUAAGAUAAAAUCUAGGUUAACAAAACUAAGUGAAGAUGUGUUCAUCCAAGAAUAUAUGUUAAUACGGAAUUGGGCUGUACUGCGAAGACAAUAUGGCAUAUUUUUCGUUUUGGAAGGAAUAAGAAGAGAGCUAACAAGAAUUGUUGUUGAAAUGGCAAUUGACUUUGUAUUAAAAACAAAUCACAAUUCAAAGGAAGAUGCAACUUUACAAUUAGAGGUUAUUGAAACCGUUUUAUUGUAUUUAAAUACAAUCGACAUAUCAAUAGUCGCCGAUUUGCUAACUUUUAACGUUAAGAAUGGAGAAUUUCUUUGUGAUAUUUUCAUGCAAACGCUAGCUGAGACUCAAAACUUUUCUAGAUUCAAAAUCGUUUUUAUAAAUUUAACUAAAUUAAUUCACACAAUCCCUAGACCAUUCAGUUUAAAUGUUGCUACAUCACUAUUGGAAAGGGUUUGCAUAUUGCCAUAUGAAAAACCUUUGGUGCUGGCUCUAUUAAAGAUUAUUGAGGGAACAUCACCGGAAAUAUUACAAAAUAAAAUGAUUUCUCAUUUAGAAAAACAGUUAUCUUUUGAAAGUGAAGAGCUAUAUGAAAAAUUGCAAGCAAUUAAACAUCGAAUUGCAGACGACGACCAUUUGUUACACGAUAGAGCAACAACUUCGUCGCUUAUUAAUUAUGAUUUAGAUCCACUUCAAAUUAACUCUACUUUACAUAAUAUGGAGAUAGAUAAAAGAUUGUCGCCGGAUACUACUAACUUGGACAACUUGAAUAAAAUCAUCAAGGAGCCUAUAAUAACGCGUACGAUAAAUACUAAUCGAAUUUGGUCAUUUGGACAAAAUAAAAGGUCAAGUUAUAAUUCGCCAAACGUAUCCAUUUCUUCGAAUGGUAAUGAAUUCCUGAAACUACAAUGCGGAGGCUACAAGGAUUACCAACAUUUAAACGUCGCUUGGACCAACAUCGGUUACCUUACGGAAACAGUCCUACUAAAUACCCACGAAGAUCUGGACCCGAUUUCCUGUAAUAUGUCGAAAUCAACGUACGGCCUGCUGUCGCCAUCAAUCGUACGCCAUAAAAGUCGCUCGGCAAUUCACAUAAUCGCCUUACAAAGACCACACUACGAGAUCGACUUAAAUCUCUUCCGCGGUGCUGAUGGUGUGGACAACUUGCUUGAUAUUUUCUAUUUUUGUACAAUGACUAUUCUAUUUCUUUGUAGCGAAAGAAUAGGACAAACAUUUUUGCCUAUUCAGUCCACCAAUGGACAUAGGCCCUCUCUAAUAGACGCCAUGCUCAUCGGUGUUGUACUGUUCUCUUCAACAAGUGAAGUGAGCUCUGCAAUAAUUCCUCGUUAUAAAGCUGCCGUGUAA